AUGUUCGAACCCGUGCGAGGAGGAACCCGUGGCGGGCAAGCUGAAUUCAAAUGGUCGGACGUCUCGCAAGAUAAAGACAGAGAAAACUACCUCGGCCACAGCAUAAACGCGCCGACGGGGCGCUGGCAGAAGAACAAGGACAUCCACUGGUACAACCGCGACCAGAAGCAGACGGAGCGCGAGCGCGCGGAGGAGAUCCGCAAGAUCAAGGAGGCGGAGGAGGAGGCGAUCGCUGCUGCGCUGUGCGUCCCUGUGCUCUUUCUUAUAAUUAUCUACUCUUUCGUUAUCUACUUGUUCCCCCGUUUCCUAGGGUUUGGGCCGGCGCCGGGUACGUCAGCUCUGGCCGUGACGGCUGCCGCUGGCUCGCCGACGACUGCGACGACGGCUCUCAAAGCUGGUUCUACUACCGGUGCUACUGGUGCUACUGGUGAUCCGGCCAAGGAGAAGGAGCGGGAGAAAGAAGAGAAGAGGCGCAGGAAAGCGGAGAGGAGGGAGGAGAAGCGGCUGAGGAAGGAGAGGCGGAGGGUGGAGCGCGGACACCAUGGACGGUCGCGGGAUAGGUCUGAGUCUAGAUCACGAUCAAGGUCGAGAGAUCGGUCGCGGUCGCGAUCGCGGUUGAGGGUGCGCGAAAGGGUGGGUGAAAAGGAGAGGGACGGGGAGGAUGAGUAUGAGAGGAGGAGGAGGAGGGACCGGGAGCGCUCGCGCUCGCCCCGCCGGCCGUCGAAGGUGGGGGAUGGAGAGGUGAGGGCGAGGCGGCGGUCGCGGUCGCGAUCACGGUCGAGGGAUCGUGUACAUGGCCAUAUUCGGAGUCACCGGAGCGGGGACGGGAAAGAGCAGGGCAAGGGAAAUGGUGGUGGUGGUGCAGGUGGUGGAGGGGCGGAUGGUGGAGGCGGGAACGGAGAGGCGUACGACGCUGCGCAGAGGGAGCGCGAGAGGGAGCGCGAGCGGAGGAUAUGGGAUAUGAAUGCGCGGCGCGGGCGGUAG